AUGUCAGAACCAAAGAAGGUAGAUGUUGAUGCAGCUGAACUUCUCUCAUCAUUAUCCAUUGAUAAGAAGGACAAGCCAGAAGUGAAAGAAACCACCGAAGAAGUGAAAGAAGUUGGAAAACCUGAUGUUGAAGAAGUUAAGGAAGAAGUAAAAGAAGUUGAUGAAACCAAAGAGUCGACACAAGAAGAGGCCAAGGAAUCAGAACUUAAAGAAGAACCUAAGGAAGAACCUAAAGAACUUGAAGAAUCCAAAGAAGAACCUAAACAAGACACUAAUUUAAUCAAAUCAACUUAUGAAGUUCAAGUUAAAUUAGCUGAUUUACAAGCAGAUCCAAAUUCUCCUUUAUAUUCAGUUAAAUCAUUCGAAGAAUUAGGUUUAAGUGAUAACUUACUUAAAGGGUUAUUUGCCAUGAAAUUCAAUAAACCUUCUAAGAUUCAAGAAAAAGCUUUGCCUUUAUUACUUUCCAACCCACCAACUAAUAUGAUUGGACAAUCUCAAUCAGGUACUGGUAAAACUGCAGCAUUUUCAUUAACCAUGUUAUCAAGAGUCGAUGAAUCCAUUAAAGCUCCUCAAUGUAUUUGUUUAUCACCAACUAGAGAAUUGGCUAGACAAACAUUAGAAGUCAUUCAAACCAUGGGGAAAUUCUCCGGUAUUACAACCAAAUUAAUUGUUCCUGAUUCAUUUGAUAGAUUUGAAACCGUUUCCGAUCAAAUUUUAGUGGGUACUCCAGGAGUAAUGGUUAAUUUAAUCCAAAAAAGAAAGAUUGAUACUAAAAAUAUUAAAGUUUUCGUUUUAGAUGAAGCUGAUAAUAUGUUAGAAGGUCAAGGAUUAACUGAUCAAAGUACUAGAAUUAAAAGAUCAUUACCAAAAUCUUGUCAAUUAGUAUUAUUCUCUGCUACUUUCCCUGUUGAAGUUAGAAAAUUUGCUGAAAAAUUCGUUCCAAAUGCCAAUUCAUUAGAAUUAAAACAAGAAGAAUUAAACGUUGAUGCCAUUAAACAAUUAUAUAUGGAUUGUUCUAGUGAAGAACAUAAAUUCCAAGUUUUAACUGAAUUAUAUGGAUUAUUAACUAUUGGAUCAUCAAUUAUUUUCGUAGCUACUAGAGCAACAGCUAAUAAAUUAUAUGCUAAAAUGAAAAACGAAGGUCAUACAGUUUCUGUUUUACAUGGGGAUUUAGAAAAUUCUGAAAGAGAUAAAUUAAUUGAUGAUUUCAGAGAAGGUAGAUCAAAAGUAUUAAUCACUACCAAUGUUUUAGCUAGAGGUAUUGAUAUUGCAUCAGUUUCAAUGGUUGUUAAUUAUGAUUUACCUGUUGAUAAAAAUGGAAGACCUGAUCCUUCAACUUACUUACAUAGAAUUGGUAGAACAGGUAGAUUUGGUAGAGUUGGGGUUUCCAUCUCCUUCGUUAGUGAUAAAAAAUCUUAUGAAACUUUAACUGCCAUUAAGAAUUAUUUCGGUACGGGGAUUGAAAUGACCAGAGUUCCAACUGAUGAUUGGGAUGAAGUUGAAGAAAUUGUUAAUAAAGUUUUAAAAAAUUAA